AAAAUGACUAUAAAUUGUAGUGAGAUUGUGGUAACUGCAACCAUUUUUUCUGUCAGUGUACUAUACUUAUAUAAUUUGUUCUCUUUUCUACGUUCUCAAAUAUUAUAUAUAUUUUUAUAUAUCUUUAAUGCAAAGUUCUUGUAUUUUCCAUCUAUGGUUCAUCAUUAUUAUUACCGAAAUUGCGAUCAGUUGGAAACUUUCAGUCACUGAACAGAGAUGUCUGAGCAACGAAGCGUUACGUCGACUGGGGGGACUAAAUCGGGCGUCGGCGCCGGCGCCGGCGCCGAGCGUCGGGCGGGCAUAAGCGUUCGUGUCGGCGCGACGCUCAUAAAGAGCGUUUCCAUAUUCCUGACGAGCGGUCGCAGAGCGUCGGCGAACUCCAAGCGUCAGAUCUCCACCGUUUCCGACAAGGACGAGUCAUCCAGAAGAAGACGUCGCAGAAGGAUGCCGGAGGGCGGAGGCGGCAGGAACUCCGCGUACAUCGUCAAAGUGAUCGAGUCCCUUAAAAAGAAGACGAGAUUCUCCAGGGUGGAACUGGAUAGUCUCUGCAAACUUUACAAAAAGUUAACUACUAAUUCCAGCCAACAAGUUGUGCGAUCGAUGUCUAUCGGCAGAAGGCCACAGUCGAGGCCGGCAGUCGAGGGAAUCGAUAGAAAUAUAUUUCGAGAGCUCCUGCACAAUACUUUUCACGUGAUCACGGAAGACACCUUGGUAGAGCGUUUGUUCUGUUGUUGGGAUCGAGAGAUCGAGGGUGCCAUCAGACUCGAGCCGUGGAUCAUGGGACUCGACGUGUUUUUACGGGGUGGCCUACGUGACAAGAUCGUCUUCUGCUUUCAUGUGUACGACCUAAACAACGACGGAUACAUCACGAAAGACGAAAUCUUUCAGUUGCUCAAAAAUUGCCUGAUAAAGCAGCCCGGUGAGGAAGAUCCGGACGAAGGGGUAAAAGACUUGUCGGAGCUGGCCCUGAAGAAGCUCGAUGUCGAUCACGAUGGAAAAAUAUCGUUUCGAGAUUACGAGACGGCGGUCAAAGAGGAGCCGCUAUUACUGGAAGCCUUCGGACAGUGUUUACCCACUGAAGAAACCUGUGCAGGUUUCUUGGCGACUCUUCAACCCUGAAAGCGUGCACGGGAUUGGCUACAGUAAAUGUUUUGCGUAAUAAACUUUUUUUUAAAUAAAAGACGAACAAUCGACCAUUAUGAAUCACAAUAUGAAGAUUACACCCGUGCCGUUUCUUUCUCCAAAGGACUUGUUAUUGUUGCACUACAAUUUAUCAAUAAGCGCAGUUGCGAUACGUGGAAAUAGGUCAGCUCGAUUGCAUCCUUGUAUGUGUAAUCGAGCAGAAAAUACAUCAAUUGCUAUAACAGUUGAAAUAAUUG